UAAACACCGACAUGCCUAAGGUUCCGGAAACGCGAAUACUACGCAAAGUAAGAUCCCGUUUAUUUAAUUAAUAUUUAUCAUAUUUAUUUUUAUUAUGAUGUUCACCUACCACUGAGCAUAGAAUAUAGAUAAUGAAAUAAUGCUUCUGAGUACUGACUGCAUACUACCCAAUUCGUUAUUCGUCUCUACUCUCUAAAUGUAUGAUACAAGUAAAAAAUGAAACGCGUAAAGCCGUAGCUCGUGCCCCAUAGACUCACCACCACCUUUUGACCGUAUAUUUGGAAAAUGAUUUCGAAAAAUGGCGUUGUAAGUGUUUACGGUUUUCUGUUGGGCUUGUCCAUCUUAUUCGUGUGGUUGCUGCUUCGGAAUAGUGACUUGCUGGACACGUAUGUCGACCCUGAAGUUGUGAACCCUUGGCGCUUGUUUAUCGUCUAUGCGGCUAUCGCCAAUGUCCUGGUACGUGUAGUCAACCAAGGAACCACGUAUAAAGUAUGUGCCCAGGCCUUGUUCUUGGGUCUGGCUAUGGCUGCAGGAUUGCUGAUUUCGAUCCAAGCACCUGCCUCGUGGAAGCCUUUUGGAUGGUAUAUAUGUGUGAUGGCCAUUUUUCAUUACUCAGAGUUCCUCAGUAUAGCCGUGUGUAAUCCUAAAACUCUAACGUCUUCAUCGUUCAUGCUGAAUCACAGUAUCGCGUAUGGUGUAGCUGCUGCAACUAGUUGGCUAGAAUAUUUAUUGUGGCAUUACUUCUUACGUGAUAUGAAAACUAUUCAUGAAAUCAGUUACUUUGGUCUUCUAUUAUGUGCCUUUGGCGAGGCUUUGAGAAAGGGUGCCAUAUGGACUGCCAGGGAUAACUUCACACAUUUAGUGCAGCAAGAAAAAUCGCAGACACAUACGCUGGUCACACACGGAGUGUAUUCAUGGUUCAGGCAUCCUAGUUAUGUUGGAUGGUUUUACUGGUCCAUAGGCACACAGAUUGUCAUGAUCAAUCCUGUGUGCGUGGUGGCGUACGCAUUGGCCAGCUGGAAAUUCUUCAAGGAUCGAAUCUAUUACGAGGAAAUCACACUCUUGAAUUUCUUCGGAGAAGACUACAUUUCAUAUCAGGAGAAAGUCGGAAUCGGCUUACCAUUCAUCAAGGGAUUUGUGGUUACACGUGACAAACAAUAAGAAACAAUUGUUUAUCUAACUCACUAUGGGAUUGGAAAUAAACAUUAAAAAACAUUCUAGACAACCGUGUAGAGUUGUUUCAAUUUUGUUUCGCAUAUGAUAAAUUAACUAAGUGCAUACAAAUAUGUAUAUAAUAUAUUUAAAGUAUAAAAA